AUGUUUCCCGUAUUCCACAUUUUGCAAACCACGACCCCCUCGGGCCCUCGGUGCCCCCUCAGCCCCGGCCGUGCCCACACGGGACCUCCCGCGGCGGGCGGCGCUCUCUGCGCGCUCCGUGGCGGCGGGGCCGCUCCAGCCGCGCUCUAUGGCGCUGCUGCCGCUCCGUCCGCGCUCCAUGGCGACCGCGCCGCUGUAUCCCCGCUCCGCGGCGAUGGUGCCGCUCCGCCCGCGCCGCCCGCCCGGCCCCGGCCGCCUGUAGCCGCCCUUGUUCCCGUUGUCCCGUCUGUCCUCGCUGUCCCCGCAGCCCCGGGCCGCCGUGCCCCCGCCGUGCCCGGCCGCCCGCCCGUCUCUAUGCCCCCGCGCGCUGCUGGCGGGGCGGGCGGGAUGUGGCGGCUGCUGCUGGGCCGGGGCCGCUGCGCGCCCACCCCCGCCCGCCCCGCCUGUGCCCCCGGGCUGGGCGGCGGCCGCGGCCACAGCCCCGAGCGGGCGGCCGCGUGUCAGGAUGGCCCGGAGCGAGGAGGACGGCGGCAGCCGCUGCCCGGCCUGGUGCCCCGCUACUCCGUGCGGGAGGCCGUCACCUGGGGAGCCGUGGGCGCGCUGCUGCUGCAGCUGCUCAGGCAGAUCGCGUGGCUCAGGUCGCUGCCGGACGCCAGGACAGAGAGAAGGCUUCCCCGGCUCUCCUCGCUGCCCACCCAGCCCACAGUGGUGACUGAAGCCUCAACCGGCUGUCCCAGCGAGCAGCUGGGCUCCCAGUUCCUGCAGAAAGCAAGUCCAGAGGCUGUACCAGAGAAUUCAUCCUCAGGCAUCCCCUCAGGGGAAGGAGAGAGCCAGCCCUGGGCAGAAGCAGGGGAGUUCCAAAUCCCUGUGAGCUCCAGGGUGGGGCCAGUUCUCCACAGUGCAAAGGGUGACCCAGCUCAGCGAGGGCAUUUAGAGGAAGCCGCUUUCCAAUUGCAGCAGAUUUUCCGAAUUGAUAUUUCCAUUGCAUUGAAUAUCCUCGGGAUCGAGAGCAUGAGGGCGGGGCACUGCCGGGUGGCCUUCACCUGCUUCAAGCUGGCGGCGGAUCGGGGCUACAGCAAAGCCCAGUUCAACGUGGGGCUGUGCUACGAGCACGGCAGGGGCACGGAGAAGGACUUGGAAAAGGCAGGUUUUUAUUACUGCCAGGCAGCCAGCAGCUGUCACCCCAUGGCCCAGUACCGCUACGCCAGGUACCUGCUCCAGCACGGCCCUGGCAGCCACUGGGACGGGCAUCACAAGGCUGUGGCGCUCCUGGAGCAAGCAGCGGUGGCUGGUGUUACAGAGGCACAGGCUUAUCUUGGAGUGUUCUACAUGAGGGGGCUGCAACCACAGGAGAAGAAAGGUCUGAAGUACCUGCUGCUGGCAGCAAACAGUGGUGAUGCCCAGAGCAGGUACCACGUGGGCGUUUGCUACGAGCAGGGCCUGGGAGUGCAGCAGAACCUGGCGGAAGCACUGAGGCACUACCGGCAGUCGGCAGCUGCUGGGAACAGGCAGGCCCGGGAGAGACUGCGGGCGUGGGAGCAGGAGCUGCAAGCUGGGCACACAAAGCAUCCCUUCCCUUCGGGAUUAAGAGCCUCAUCCUCCAGCCCCAAUUUCUGGACUAUUGAGCCUGCAGGUCUCCACAGCACCCAGCCAGGACAGUGUGCCCUACCCCUGCCCCACUCGUGGAGCACAGACAGGCUGCACGUGAUGCUGCUCAGCAGUGCGGGAUGGAGCCGUGCCUUCGGAGCCAGGACAGUGCCAGUGGAGCUGCGGGGCUGGGAGCCCCAGCACUGCUGCCAGUAGAGCAGGCAGUAAGUGAGACAAGCAGGCAGAGGGCAAGGCAGCCUUGGUGUGGAUGGCAGCAGGCUGGCAGUGAGUGGGAAGAGAAAGCUUUCUGUUCAUGGAACAGGAGGCAUUUUUAAAUCCCUGGGGUUUGAGAAUAAACGUCGUCAUGUCUCCUACACCA